CCUUCAAUUCGCCAUCUUCCCAACUCAUGCAGCCGGCGUCACAGCGCUCAAUGAAACAGAUCAUGUGGCAGCGAUCUAUUUGAUAUAUAUUCACUUCGUACGCGCCUUCCGUUCCGUUCUUUCCAGCUCUCGCGCUAUGAAUUCAACUCGACAAGUAUUUUUCAGCUAGCAUCCACGCCACGCACACGUAGUCUACAUCUUCUCUUCGAUCCGUUUCAACACUUCUUAUUUCACUACUUUCUCUGGCCAGAACAUACUGCGAUCGAACGUGCUGAAAUCCACUUGCCACUCGCAGAUGCACGCAUGCACAACCGGUUCUCUGAUCCACACCCGAGAAGCUUUCAACAACGACCCAUCGUCUUUUCGUUUGGCAUUGCUGGAAACCAGUUAAUGGUGAAGCGGACGUUUUGAGUGGGAGUUCUUGACUUGAUAGCACCGCACGUACAAUCGACCAGCCGAAUACCAUUGCGGCUUCCCUAGUUGCUCUGUUGCUGUACCAUCCACUGACCACUUUGCUGCAUUUAUUACCAUUGCGCGUUCCGCCUUCUAUCUCAUACGACUGCCCGCGCUGCACCGGAGGCAAGGAUUUUGUGACAGUUCCCUUCGACGUCCAGGUUGCUGACGUCCCGGUCACCCCGCGCGGCUCAAGUGAGCCCGACAGAAACCUUUUCCCAUACCAGGAGGAAGUGCAGCAAACAAGUUCAAGCGUUGUGUGCUUUAAUUCCAGGCGGAAGUCGAUAACCUGGUCUGCUUAGCGUUCGAAUCAUUCGAUAUACUGCAGCAUAUACGUGCACUACAGUGCUGCGUCGACGCUUUUCCACUUCUCAGCCAGUGUCUGCACACUGCAGUGCAUUCCCAAAGCCAUCUCCACCAAAUUACACAUACCUUCCCCGAGAAUGCCAGCGUUUGGCUUUCGAUUCAGGAAAUAACCUUUGAGAGUGGAUUGGUUUAAGUGGAUGAAAGGGAGCGGCGCGGGGGAAGCGGUGGCUGUGGCAGGAAUGGAGCGGCGACUGUCAGCGGCCGACAGCGAAGAAAGCUCGGCGCUGCAGCUGCAGAUGGGCAUUCUGCGCCGCGAGCUGGACCGCGCCAACAGCGGCCACGCCGUCAGCGUCAACGGGCCGCAUCCGCGACUGACCAAUGGCGUGCAGGCCUUGGACGACGGCAAACUGACCCUCCUCGCACAGGAUCUCAACCGCGCUAAUGAGCGAGCAACCGCUGCAGAGUACAAGAUCGCCGAAUUGCAGCAGCAACUGACCUCGCUACAGCGCCAACUCAACAAAACGCAACAGGACGCUGCCGCCGGCGACGGAACCUCCCGAGCACAGGCGGACGGUAUUGCGCGGCUCCGUGAUGAGCUGGAGCGGCUGAAGAGUUCCUACCAGGCACAGUUCAAUCGGCUGGAGGACCAGUUGUCGCGGCUAAGCUCCCAGAAUGCACUGCUGCUCAGUAAACUCGAUCAGCAGCGCGAUUACGACACCGUCAAACACCAGCUCAACUUGCUGAAAUCGGGACGGUAUCAGGAAGACAACCUGUCCAAUGGCCAUUACGAAUCUGUUAUGUUGGCGCGCAAUCGACGCAUCCAGGAAGCGGAAAACACGGCAAUCCGCGGACGCGAAAUGGACUAUGCCGGCAUUCGCCGGCGCAUUACCACCAAUGGCGGCACCAACGGCAUGGGCGGCUACAGCCUCCCGAGUCCCCGAGGCCUCGACCCCGAGGAGCCGGAAGACCCUGAUGAACUCUACUCUGAUGACCUUUCCGACCUGGAAUCCAACUUGACCCCGGAGAUGCUGGCCAAGAUUGCUGACGCCAAGAAUGUCCUGCAGGGUCUCUCCAGCCGAGCGAACACCGCUUCCCCCUCGGGCGGGUCUCGCUUCAUGAACACCAUGCAGGUGGCCGACCAAGUCAACCGCGUCCUGGAGGAGGAGGGUAUCACACGCUGCGCCCUGGCCAAAUUUGUCCUCCAUGGAUCGUACAAGAUGGUGUACGAUGCCCUUCACGACCCACGACCUUGGGGCUUCCUCAACUCCGCCGGGCGCGACAAGUACCGGAAGCUGAAACUGUGGGCAGAAGACGCCCGUUGUAUCAGUGCGGUGAAGCUGCUGCAGGUGUACUGUAAGGACCGCCGGCGCCGCGGCGACGGCAGUACGCCGCCAUCCGGCUUCGAGGACGACUCCCCGACCGAUCUGUCAUUGCCCAAGCAUUCUCCUAUUCGCCGCAGGUCGCAGGCGGACCUGCUGAGUAUGGGAUACGAGAGUCCGGGCCGAAUUAUGAUGCAGCCCGGGGCCAUCUUCCAUCCCGGAAUGCGACGGCCAUCCAUGCUGGAGGCUUCCGAGUCACAGGCGCUGCCGGUCGCGCCCAAACGUACCUCCCCACAACAUUCCGUGCCGCGGCGGACAGCUAGCGCGCUGGCGGUACCCCCUGCUCCUAUUUCGUCCAGCUCAGGUGUCUUCCGACCAUCGCAGAGCUUCACGGCCUCGCCCGUCGCCUUGGGCAUCUCCUUCCCCGACUAUCGCAAGAAUGUCCUCCAUCAAAUCACCGACGACAUGAUCAACCAAUACGACCCGCUGGACACCGACACCGUCACCCGGGCGGUGCGCAGUAAACUGAACAAAUGCAACGUCAGUCAGCGCCUCUUUGGUGAGGUGGUCUUGGGCAUGAGCCAGGGAGCAGUCAGCGACCUUCUCAAGCGGCCAAAACCCUGGAACAAGCUGACGCGCCCCACCAAGGAGCACUACGUGCGCAUGCAGCAGUUCCUGGAGGACGAGCAAAGCAUCCCGGUGCUUCAGGCGAUCCAGAACCGCGAGGAUCCCGAGCGGGUGCUGCAGGUGCCGCCCGAGGAGGACGAGGAACGAGUGGAUGUCCGGGACAUGUGGAAGAAAGAAGAUUCUCCGCAAUCCUCUCCCAGUAUGGUCAGUAUUCCAUCGGGCCCGGCCGCUGGUUUGGCACCGGUGCCGCCCGUCAACGAAACCAUGGCUUCCGACAGUGAGCUUAGUGAACGGGAAGCCUUUCAGGCGGUGAAGGAGCACUUUGCGAAGUUCUAUCAGAUUCAGGAUGUCUCCCGCAGCCCCAUGCUGGACACCGUCGUCGUGGCCAGUCGCAUUAAGGAGGAAUUGCGUGCCCGCAAUCUCCAACAGAAGCUCAUAGGCGAGCUAGUUUUGGAUGUCGGCCAAGGAACUGUUAGCGAAUUGCUGAAUAAGCCGAAACCGUACGGAAUGCUGUCCAUGAAGGGACGGGAAAACUACAUGAAGUUGAUGAAACUGCUGCAGACUGCUGAAGAUUUCACACUACUGGAAGCGCUCCGCACACAAGGACAGCAAAAAGGUCAGGACAAGCUCCAAUUAGCCUCGACGACGAAACGCGGUCGCUCCUUCACGGACGAUGAGCCCCGCGAGGAGAAGCGUUCGCGUGCCUCCCCCAAUUUCAGCCCCAGCCACGACGCUGACGACGAGCUGGAGGUUGAACCGGGCGUCGACGAGGAGCCGGAAGGGGAUGCGGGAGAACGAGCAGACGUGGACCGGGAAAACCAGCGCUACUACCGUGCAGCGACCGCUAAAUACUCAGACGACGAGUCUACCGGCGACGGCCACGACGACGGGCAGAUGAUCAACGGGGUCAUCGUGCCCAAGUCGGCCAUGCGGACGCCGCAGCGCAGCCACGACACAGUCAUCGUGCAGCCGGCCCUGGGCGGGAAGAUGUACGCCGGAGGCGGCAGCUACGAGGAGGCUCUGGAGCGCAAAGACAGCUGGGGUCUCAACGGCCGAGUGCAGCGCGACAACGACGGUGACGCCCAAGUGGACGACAAAGACUGGUCGUAGGCGGGGCCACCGGCGUUCCGCGUUCCCCGGUGGACGGAGCUAUUUUUAUUUCGUGGUCGUAUAAAAACGCAUUAAUUUAUAAUUAAUGUGGUUAUUUAUUUCAUUUAUUUCCUUAAUCAAUUUUGACGGUGCUGAUAUAUGGCGCGAAUCGGUGAAAAGUUCCUUUUUUUGUUUGUUGCUGGUGUUUGUUUUGCCGGGAAUUAUUCGUCGUCGGUGAGAUUAAGCGUGUACAGCGGUCUGUUCUCCUUUACUUUCUUUCUCAUGUUCUGAUUCUCACUUUUUUGGAUUUUUUUGUAGUAUGUCUGUAAAUUUAGGACGAUGUUUUCCGUAUUUGUGUGGGUCGGUUAAUGUUUUAUGAAUGUGAUCUGAUCGUAAGUUCCUUUGUGCAUAA